AUUGCAAUUUGGGAGAUUUAGGCUAUCGAGAAUUAUUGCUAACGGAAUUAAGUGUUGCCAGGCACCUAUAUAGAACUCUAUGUUUUUGACUAAUACCCGCGAAGAUAUCAGUAUUGAUGGCAUUUGAUUUGUUUUAAGCGUAACUAGACCAGGACAGGGCGCAACAGUGUGACGCCUUCUUUACGAGUUACGACUACCCACUUAUUUUGAUUUGAUUUGUAUGCCGAGGGUAACUCAAAUUCAAAUUGAGUGUUUGAAUGUUUUCUAGGCUGGCACUUCGGUUCAAUGAGAGAGAUUAGCCUGACAGAACAGGAUGGUGGUAUCAGAAUGGCAUCAUCUAUGAACAUAGCAGGAAAUCAAAAUGAAGAAUCUGCUAUCAGCGGUGUGGAGGUCCGCAACAUUGAUGACAGCAUUGGGAAGGGUCUGUUUGCCACCCGUGACUUCAAGGCGGGUGACGUCAUCUUCGAGGAGCGUCCAUUGGUUUGCUGCCAGUUCCUCUGGAACGCGGCCUAUGGCUAUCUGGCGUGCGACUUCUGCAUGAGGCCGCUGGAGACGGCGGAGGAGAACGCUCGCCGGCUGACGGGGAACGCCGCGCUGACGCUGCCCCACCCGGAGUGCUGCGAGACCAAGAAAGCCCAGGUGGUCGAGUGCCCCACCUGUGACGCGAGUUACUGCGGAGAGCCGUGCAGAGACGCCGCCUGGCGCCAGUACCACAAGACGCUGUGCACGCGCUCCUUCACCAGGGACGAGUCGCACCCGCUGGUCAACCUGCAGGAGACCUGGAAGAAGAUGCACUAUCCACCGGAGACAGCCUGUAUCAUGCUCGUGGCUCGAAUGCUGGCCACCGUACGCCAGGCGGAGGACAAGGAGGGCGCCAUGAACCUCUUCAUGCAGUUCUGCCACCGGACGGUGAACGAAGAAGAAGAAAUAGCGCACAAGAUGCUCGGCGUCCAGUUCUACGAGCAGCUUGAGGUGUUGCGGAAGCUCAUGUCGGACGCGCUCUAUACACCCGACGUUCACCAGUGGCUGACGCCCGAGGGGUUCCGGAGUCUGAUAGCGCUGGUGGGCACGAACGGUCAGGGAGUGGGCACCAGCGCCAUCUCUGUGUGGGUACGCAACUGCACCAACCUCGACCUGCCGGCCGAGGAGCACGAGAAGCUCGACCAGGUCAUCAACCAGCUCUACGACGACCUCGAGAAGGAGGCGGGCUGUUUUCUGAACAACGAGGGCUCGGCGCUGUACCCGCUGCAGUCUUCCUGUAACCACAGCUGUACGCCCAACGCCAUGCCCGGCUUCCCGUGCGACAACUUCGACCUGGUCAUGUCGGCCACGCAGGACAUCGCUGCCGGCGAGCAGAUCUGCGUCAGCUACCUGGACGAGUGCGCCCUGGAGCGCAGCCGGCACAGCCGCAACAAGAUACUCAGGGGCAACUACCUGUUCAACUGCCAGUGCGCCCGGUGUCGGUCCGAGGCCGACCAGCCGGACGUCACCAGCGAGGAGGAAAUGGACGACGAGGAGGAGGAAGAGGACGAAGGUCAGGAGUGCUGACGACACGCGAGCGGCAGCCGCGGCCGGCGGCACUGCCACCACGGCCGGGCCGCCUGACCGGGCGCUGGGAAUAGCACCACGGCCUGACCGGGCAGACUGGUUGGUUGUAGGUACUGCCAGUGCUACAGCGGCCGGCUGUCACUGCCUCCAUAGUCGACUGUCUGACAGGAUUGUCAGGAGAGGACUGAGGAAUGUCACAACCGGACUGCCACGACACUGCUGUCACUACGCGACCACCACCUGUUCUGAACUGACCAUGCAGGCGGGACGGAGCGGGGCGAUAGGCGGUUGCCGCUCCGCUGUGCAGCCGCACGGCACGGGGCUGUCCAAUGAACCACGGCUGCUUAGGCCUGAAGAGUCGGCGUGUUGCGAGCACACGGCAGGGAGGAUGGUUGUGCCGUCAGGCGUCAGCCGUGUGUGGGGUGUACUGUGCAGUGAGGCGAGAUACCGGCCUAAUGCGUAUUUCUCGACUGGGGGAACCCAACGAUGUGUUGUUCCCCAUGUUCUCGCGUGUUGAUUCAUGGUGCUGUUUGGGGGGGGGGGGUUGCGAAGGGGUAUGAACUGCUAAAGCGACAAAGUGGAGUUUGCUUAAUCCAGACUGCGGAUCCUGUAAUGCCGCUCCGUCUUAUAAAGUGGGAAGGGCUUGUCUCCCAGGGCGAUAUGCAUUGUUAUGUUUGUGAAUGCAUGUGAAUGCGAAUACGAGUGGUUUUGAAGAUUUGUAUGAUGUGUAGGCAUAUGGGAUGUGCAAGCACCAUUUCGACCCGGCGCCGGUAGCUAACACAUUCUCGCAUAGUCCUGUGUGUGAGAGCUCGCGUUACGCUGGCGCCGCCGCUGCGGUCCCAUGUUGCCGUGGUUACCUGUGAGCGGCGGACGGAUGUGAGACGACCGGUGCCGCGCGGCGUCAACAGGCUGAUAUGGGCCGAAAGACAGCGCGGAUAGAGGGCGAACGCGGAUGUCCUGGCCGCCGGGUCCGUCGUCUGGGCACCGGGACACUUCUGCUCGCAAUAUAUGUUUGCGUAUA